CCAAAUUUCAAAAUUAUUACGUUAGAAUAAGAUACAUUUGUUUGUUUUGUUUUAUAAUGUAAUUCUCAUCUCAGUAAUAUAUAGUUAGUAUUUAUACCACUCUUUGCACUCAAAGACCACAGGCAACUAAAUAUUAUAUGGUAGUGUGUGGAGAUGAUGCAGUAAACAUCAACAGGUUUGUAUCAAACUGAAAUUCGAAAAAAAGGAAGAAAAAUGGCCACUAGUAAUCAGGCAAGAUAUUGGUCACCUCACUACUCCGUAGCAGGGCAGUGGAACAGACCACACAUCCAGAACAACUAUACUUAUGAGGAGGACACAUUUGUGACCAUCAGAAGGAGUAGAAAAGGAACCCGUCUCAACAUCCCCACCACCGAUCCUUUUGUGCUCAGACGUAAACCUCUGUCCUACAUCGAGAGCAUCCCUGUCUUACCGAAUGGAGAGUGUUGUGACAUGAAAUACACCUUGCAUCGGCAACUUGAAGAAACUUGGUUACCAAGAGGACAAGUCUACGACCCCAAUAAUCCAAGGUGUACUCCCUCGGUCACAAUAAAUAUUGGUACAGCACCUUUUGGUCCAUCUGGGAUGUACUCUCAACAGAACAUGUCAAUGUCAACACUUUCGAUCAACCCAACCGUGAUUUCCGAGGAGCCUUGGGUGACACAGCGAACCGUGACCCCACUGGGCCUCCACUGCUGCGGCAACAGGACCGUCUGUGAUCACGCACAAUCCAAGACGCUACAAGAGGCAAAAAAAGAUCCUUCUGCAAAUCCUUUGGAAGACAACAAAUUUGUAUAUUUAACUACAGCACCAAGAAUCUCUCCGUUGAAAUCAUGCUGGAACUUUUUGGCUUUCAAAAAGAAACGAACACAGGGUGAUGUAUAUUUGCCUGCCGCAAUAACAAAGGCCGAGCAACCAAAAAAAUUGAUUGACUGUCCAAAUUGUUCAAAUUCCAUCAUAAAUUCUAAUGAUGAAAACGGUCAAAUGAACUCUGUUCCAUCCACAGUAGCAGGGUCGGAGAUGACAAUUUCAGAGUUCUCCUCAGAAGAAUUUAUAUCCCCAGUGCGAAGGGGAGAGAAAGAAAAGAAGUUCAAACAAGUUCAAAAAAUGAACACAGAUCCACCAAGGAUUACAGCCAAUAAUAGCCAGCUCAUGGCACAACCCAGCUUCAACGUGAAUAGGACUGCAAUGUUAUCUCCUCCUGGACUGCAGUAUAGCCCAGAAGGCCCUGUUUAUUGGUGGGUAUGCAAACCAAUUGAAAGCAAAAAGAAUAAAAAGUUUUUACAAAAUCAUCCAAAAAAAUACAUUUGUUAUCGAGAUCAACAGUGAUAGAGCCAAACAAUGUCAAUGGCUGAAGGAAAAUUUCAAUGGGAGUAAGUUUCCAUGUUAAAAGGAAAAUUCUUAGUACUUUCUGUACAGAAGCCCACAAUUAAAAAUAUGUUGUAAUUUU